AUGCCUAGUACAGCAGAAAUGAACUCUAAAUCCCAUCGAAAAGACCGGGAUGAGAAUGAUCGCGAGAGGGAAUUCUACAGAUACUACCGCCCACUGCGGGAACUCGGCCAGCAUGAUCCGCACUUCUGUGACAUGAAGACGGACGUCUCCAUCGCACAACACCUCACAUCCCCUAGCCCGGACCCGGCCCUCACCGCCUUCUGUCAGUUGGGGGCCUUGAGGCUGAACGUGCGGAGGGCGCUCAUGUUCUUCUUCGACUCGAAACACUCCUACGUGCUCGCCGAGGCCACGAAGACGACCAACAUCCGGACCGGCACUUGCGAGGACCCGGCGGAUGCGUUAUGUUUGGGACACACGGUCAUGCCGAGGGGCGUCUCCGUCUGCGAAUAUACCGUCCUCCUCCCGCCGACGCUCCCUCAGAACUUCGACGUGCGCCGCAUUGACAGCAAGGUCGCCUACGUCGUCAACGACCUGGCCAAAGACCCCGAGUUUCGCGAGAGCGCGUUCGUCACCGGUGGCCCGCGCGCGAGAUUCUACGCCGGCGUUCCGAUCACGACUCCCAACGGAAUCAACAUCGGCGCGUACUGCGUCCUCGACGACAAACCGCGACAUGGCCUCACCGCGUCCGAGACCACCUUCCUGGCGGAAAUGUCAAGCACGGUGUCCAUCCACCUCGAGAUGCUGCGCGCCGCGGCGGAACACCAAUUGGGGACGAAGAUGAUCGCGGGCCUGGGAGCUUUCAUCGAUGGGGACUCCGACCUGAGGGAUUACGUGGAGCAGGAGCGCCCACAGGACCAGCCCGGCAAGAUCGUCGAGAUGUCGCCGAGUCCCAGCUCGUCGAGCCGAGUCCCUCUGAACAAGCGCGUCCACAAAGACUCCAUCACUGGCGUACAAUCUGACCGCCGGCCCGCCUCGAGCAGAAGCUCCAGUAAGAACAAGUCGAUCGAAGACUCCGCCUCGGCGGAUAUCGAAGCCACCUUCUUGCGCGCGGCGAAGCUGGUCAGGGAGGCGCUCAACGUCGACGGGGUCCAGUUCCUCGACGCUCGCUUCGGUACUCGCGGAACCUCGCCCACAUCUGCCACCUCUUCAGAACACAGUGGGCCCGGCACCCCGGAGAGCGAAGCUGGGGCCUCGCGUCAGCUGAACCCGAACUCCAUCAUGGAGGGAUCGCCCGUGGAGAUGUGCAACAUAUUCGCCUCGUCGUCGCAGUCAGAGCCCGUCCAGGUCCCGCAGAAGCUCCUGCGCCGUUUGCUCCAGCGCUACCGGAACGGUAAGAUCUGGUUCUUCGACACAUACGAGCGAUGGGACAGCCCUUCCUCGACGGGGUCGGAUCGGGAAGGCUCAUCAUCGGAGACCGGCGAACUCGACCCGGCGGUGCCCGUCGAGGGCAACACCAUGCAGUCUUCGCAGUUCAAGCGCGCGAGCCGGAAGGACGAUCGCCGUGAGAUGCUCCGUCUCUUCCCCAACGCACGUAGCGUGUGCUUCGUGGGCAUGUGGGAUCACACCUCCCAGAGAUGGUCCGCCGCAAGCUUCUCCUGGACGAGUUCGCCUUUCAGACAUUUCUCCGAAGAGUUCGACCUGAAAUAUGUCACCGCCUUCUGCGAUGUGAUUCUCGCUGAAUUGCAGCGCUUGGAGGCGACGCGUUCGGAUCGCGCCAAGUCGGAUUUCAUUUCGACCAUCUCCCAUGAGCUGCGCUCUCCACUGCACGGUAUCCUGGGGAGCGUGGAGCUUCUCAAUGCUGCGCCGAACGACCCUCUGUUGUCCAGCUCGGAUCUCAUCUCACAAGUCGAAGUGUGCAGUCGUACUCUGCUCGACGUCAUUGAUCACUUGUUGGAUUACAGCGGCAUCAACCAGAUGUCCAAAUCGGGUACCUCAUCGGUCACGAAAGCGAGCUCGAGGAUGGCCAUGUCCAUGGCUUCCAAGGGCUCCCUCGAGACCGCUGAAGCAGAUGCCGUCCGCGACACCGAUGUCAACCUUGACCGCAUCACCGAGGAGGUAGUCGAGGCAGCGUUAUAUUCUUUCUGCUUCGGUCGAGCUCGAGACGUCAUCCUCGAACGAAAAGUGGCAGUCAUUCUUGACAUCGACAGCAACUUCGACUGGCGAUGUACCGUCAAUUUGGGAGCGUGGAAACGGGUGUGCAUCAAUCUCGUCAGCAAUGCCCUCAAAUACACCAACAACGGCCAUGUCCGUGUCACAUUGCGAGCGGAGAGGAACGGUGACGGCAGCUUUGUCGCCACUCUGGAAGUCUCGGAUACUGGCUGCGGUAUGAGCCGCGACUUCCUCGACAACCACCUCUUCACCGCCUUCACCCAGGAGAACAGCUUUGUCGAGGGUACGGGUCUGGGUUUGAAUCUCGUCUCCAAAAUCGUCCGCGAAUGGGGCGGUAAUAUCGAUGUGCGAAGUGAAAAGGGACAGGGCUCGACCUUCACCCUCAAGAUUCCGUUAGAUUCGUGCCGCAAGAAUUCCACGGAUUCCGCUUCCUCCGACUCUUCAGCAACACCGGAAUCAUCAGAGCCGGAGUUCGCAGAAGAUCUCGUCGUGGGCAUCGUUGGCGCAGAAGUCGAUGCGUCAAAUCCAUCUCCUGAUGACCAGAAAACCGGCCGGGAGAUUCUUGCCCAGCAGCUUCUCAACACCAGCGUCGAUGACAUGCUCACACGCCUGGACAUCCCCCAUUCGCCAUGCUCGAGGGUCAGUCAUGGAGGUUUCGGGGUCAAUGUCAUCACCGAGACUCGUCUCAGAGAUGAAUUGGUUCACCUGGAGGCACUUCCAGAUUCUGCCCAGAACGAACCGCCCAGCCUGAGCAAAACCCCGCUCGUCAUCAUCUGCAACAGCGUCAUCUCCGCGAGGACCCUCACCAAAGCCGAACUCCUCCGCAUCACGUCCGGGCACGUCGAGUUGAUCCUACAACCCGUCGGACCCUGCCGCUUGAAACGCGCCGUCACUGCAUGCAGGCGGACCUCAGCGAUGGCUCGAGGCCUGGCUCGAGCUCGUCCAAUAAACCUUUCAGGAGACCCUUUUAUCGUGUCAAGGCUUCUGGCAGGAAUCCUUCCAAUUCGCCUCGGCCAUCGUACGAAGCCCGUUCUUUCCGAUUGCCACAUCACAGAGGCGGUCAACAUGAAAAUCCUCUCCACUUUCGCUGAACGCUCCGGCUACCGCAAACUCGUCGCUACGGACGGCCAACAAGCCGUCGACCUCUACACCUCGACCUGCCCACCUCCGCAACGAUCCACCUCGACAUCUUCCACAUCGCCAGACCGGUCGUCCUCCGUCUCACCCCACACCGUUCCAGACGGCCCAUCCUCUCCGUCAUCCACCUCCUCAUCUUCUCAACCCACCGAAAACCCCCGACCCCGCGUCAUCCUCAUGGACAUCAACAUGCCCCAGAUGGAUGGCUACGAAGCCACCCGCCGGAUCCGCGCUCUGGAGAAACGUCAUCGUGUCCAGCCGCCCGCGACGAUCAUCGGAUUGAGUGGCCUGGGCAGCGAAAAGGCCAGACAGGAUGCGUUCAAAGCGGGUAUGAGUAUGUUCCUCACUAAACCGGUUAGGUUGCAGGAGUUGAAGAGGAUUCUGGGAGAGAUCGGAGGAUGA